AUGAGCACCACAUUUCUGCAGACUUCUUUCUCCACCUUUGGGGGUGGCUCGACCUGGGGGGGUUCCCUCAUGGCUGGGGGGGGGGGCUUUGGUGGGGGGAGUCUCUAUGGGGGAGGGGGGAGCCGCAGUAUCUCAACUGCUUCCGUCAGGUUUGUCUCCUCGGGGUCAGCAGGGGGCUAUGGGGGUGGCUUCAGUGGAGGGGCUGGUAGUGGUUUGGGUGGAGGCUUUGGUGGAGGCUUUGGUGGUGGCUUUGGUGACUUCGGCGGUGGCGGCCUCCUCUCUGGCAACGAGAAGCUCACCAUGCAGAACCUCAACGACCGCCUGGCCUCCUACCUGGAGAAGGUGCGCGCCCUGGAGGAGGCCAACGCUGACCUGGAGGUGAAGAUCCGCGACUGGUACCAGAAGCAGAGCCCGACCAGGCCGGAGCACGACUACAGCCCCUACUUCAAGACCAUCGAAGAACUCCGAGACAAGAUCCUGGCGGCCACCAUCGACAACUCCCGGGUUAUCCUGGAGAUUGACAACUCCAGGCUGGCUGCGGAUGACUUCAGACUCAAGUACGAGAACGAGCUGGCCCUGCGCCAGAGCAUGGAGGCCAACAUCAACGGCCUGCACAGGGUGCUGGAUGAGCCGACCCUGACCAGAGCCGACCUGGAGCUGCAGACUGAGAGCCUGAACGAGGAGCUGGCUUACCUCCGGAAGAACCACGAGGAAGAGAUGAAGGAGCUCAGCAACCAGCUGGCCGGCCAGGUCAACGUGGAGAUGGACGCAGCACCGGGCGUGGACCCGACCCGCGUGCGGGCAGAGAUGAGGGAGCAGUACGAGGCCAGCGAGAAGAACCGCCGGGAUGCCGAGGCCUGGCUCUUCAGCAAGACAGAGGAGCUGAAUAAGGAGGUGGCCUCCAACACAGAGAUGAUCCAGACCAGCAAGACGGAGAUCGUAGACCUGAGACGCACGGUGCAGGGGCUGGAGAUGGAGCUGCAGUCCCAGCUCAGUAAGAAAGCCGGGCUGGAGAGCACGCUGGCGGAGACCGAGUGCCGCUACGCCCUGCAGCUGCAGCAGAUCCAGGGCUUCAUCAGCAGCAUCGAGGCCCAGCUGAGCGAGCUCCGCAGUGAGAUGGAGUGCCAGAACCAGGAGUACAAGAUGCUGCUGGACAUCAAGACGCGGCUGAAGCGGGAGAUCGCCACCUACCGCAGCCUGCUGGAGGGCCAGGACGCCAGGAUGGCUAGCAUUGGUACCAGAGAAGCCUCCCUGGGAGGUGGUGGCAGCGGCAAAGUCCUCAUCAACGUUGAGGAGUCAGUGGAUGGGAAGGGGGUUUCUUCUCGAAAGAGAGACAUCUAA